GCCACGGGUGACUCCUACAAGACCAUUGCCAGUAGUUACCGGGUGGGCAUCUCCACUGUGGCAGGCAUUGUGCCAGAGGUGUGUGGAGCCAUUUGGGAUAGCCUGGUGGAGGAAUUCAUGCCUGUUCCAACGGCUGCCCAUUGGAAGGAGAUCGCCCAGAGCUUCUGGGAGAUGUGGCAGUUCCCCAACUGUGUGGGGGCAAUAGAUGGGAAGCAUGUGCUCAUCCAGGCACCACCUCAUUUCCGGCUCCCAGUAUUUCAAUUAUAAGGGAACCUUCUCCAUAGUGCUGCUGGUGGUCGUGGAUGCAAGAUACCUUUUCAGGGUGGUGGAUGUUGGAGCCUUCGGGCGAAGCAGUGAUGGAGGCACCCUUGCAGCUUCUGCAUUUGGAGCAGCCUUGCGAGGAGACAAGCUGGGUCUUCCGGAGGAUGCCCUCAUCCCUGGCGCUGAAUACCUGGGGCCCAUGCCUCAUGUGUUUGUGGGGGAUGAGGCUUUCCCCUUGAGGAGGAAUUUGCUGAGGCCCUAUCCUGGAAGGGACCUCACCCAGCCAAGGAGGACCUUCAACAGCCGCCUGUCACGUGCUAGGAGAGUGGUUGAGAAUGCCUUUGGCAUCCUUGCUGCACAGUGGAGGAUCUACCACCGUGUCAUUGGAGUGAGCCCUGAAAAUGCAGAUGCCAUUGUGAAGGCAACAGUGGCUCUGCACAAUUUUCUGCGGUGGAACUCCCCAGUUGCAGCUCCCUGCCCAUCAGAGGCCAUCCCCAUCCCUGCUCUACAGAAUGUAGGGAGAGUUGCCACCAACAACGCCACCCAAGAGGCCAUAGCCACAUGGGAGGUUUUCAACACCUACUUCUCCUCUCCUGCUGCGGCAAUACCUCGGACCACAGUGGCCUGACGUCUUUGCAACCCACACCUGCUGCUUCACUUCUACGGAAGAACACAAAGGCUCUUUUAAGAGCCACUCUCUUAUCCUUUAAAAAGCUGUUUCCAAAGUGUCCAUAUUAAAUGACACGAUGAGCUGAUAUAAUAACAAGGACACAUUACUUCAAUCACAUCUCACUCACUCAUCCACCCCCAGAAUAUACACACA